AUGACUGUGUAUUCCUUUUACAUCUUCGACCGCCACGCUGAGUGCAUAUACAAGCGACGCUGGCUCCCCCGACCUGCCUCGAUCACCGGCAAAUCACCGCGACCUGUCUCCGAUACCCCAACGGUAGCCAACGGGCUAACAAGCGUUUCCGGCCCUUCUACAAGAUCGCAGGACGACGAUGCGAAGCUAAUAUUCGGGACCGUAUUCUCUCUUCGAAAUAUGGCGCGGAAACUGGGAGGAGAGGACGACAACUUCGUCACGUACCGCACGAGCCAAUAUAAGCUUCACUACUACGAGACUCCUACCAACAUCAAGUUCGUGAUGCUCACGGAUACCAAGAGUCCAAAUAUGCGGGUUGCUCUGCAGCAGAUCUAUAUCAAUCUUUACGUGGAAUAUGUCGUCAAGAAUCCGCUAUCCCCGGUUGAGCACCCGGGUGGUGUCGGUGUGAAUAAUGAACUGUUUGAGCAAUCAUUAGAACAGUUUGUGGUACGUUCUUAUCGACCUUAUCGAAGAAUAUGUCCUGACAUCACACAGACCAAGGUCCUUGCUUAA